AUGACAACAUUGCCAUCUGCCGCAUCAACCAUGUCGACUUUGCCCAUUGAUGACACGUCAAUAACUCAUUCAGGUGUUGGUGACAAUAGUCAAUUGGGUGAUUGUGAUACUUUAAUAAAGAAAAAUCAAUCGACUGAUAUCGGUCAACACCAUCGAGAACCAACUUAUCGCGCAAUUGAACAUGAUCUACGUCGAUUGAACUUGAACGAUAGUUCUUCGCAUCAUUUGAAUGAUUCACGGACAAUCGAAAUCAAUUUUCUUCUACCCUGUCGUCUGCCAUUUGUCGAUACCACAACAUCAGACAAUUCACUUCUCGAAAGCGAAGAUAAUCCAUCCAAAUACGAUGAACAUUUCUGGUCCAAUAUUGAUUUUGCUCAAGCGAAUAUGUGGAAUCUCGGCUCUUAUAUUCGUUUAAUAUGCGAUGGUCGUGAUCUAACUGAUGCUAUACUCGAUUGUCAUACAUUAGUCGCACUUAACAUUUCAGGCCAUGCAUUCGGUACAAAUCCAUGGGGAUAG